AUGGAGUCUGUGGGAGCAAUGUCCGAUCUGAACUGGGCUUCUUUCAAUGGAAUGGGGCCACUCGAUGAGGACGAUUUCAUGUCCCAGCUGCUCAGUAACAACUCAUUUAUGAAUAGCCCAGAUUGCGAUCCAAGCUUCGGUUGCCCACCUAUUUUUUGGCCAGGCGAUGACGAUAGUACUAACAUGGCGGGACGUAAUGAUGAUUAUUAUCAUUUCAGUGAUGCUGCUAACUCUAGUUUAUACAGUUGGCCCCAAUGUAACAGUACUAGUUUCUCGGCCCCCACUUCAGAUUGCGACGUCUAUGCUGUUGGUGAUGCUAAUGUGGGUCCCUUGAGCUCAAUAUCAAUUGAUCUUUGCAAGAUGAAUGAUCAAAAUAUGAUCUUGUCGCUCCGUGAUGCUCCCAAUAAUCUAUUUGAAGAUAUUAUCUGCUUGAAUGAAGAGAUGAGUGGUGAGGAUUUAGCAGAUUCCGGUGGGGACCCGUCAGAAGUGGCUGUUCUUCCAAAUCAAACAGCGUCACACAAGAGAAAAAUUCAGUCGCCUGAAUCAGAUAAGGCCAUGAUUGAUAACAGCAACAACAACACUAGCCCAUCUGAGAAUCCGAAGAAGAAAUCUCGAGUCCAAAGAAAUGGAAAAAACUCGCAAGCAAAGAAGAACAUGAAGACAGUUAAGACCACUGACGAAGAAGAUACCAGUGCUGCAUUGAAUGCACAGAGCUCUAGCAGCUGCUCAUCAGAGGACGAUUCAAAUGCAUCCCAAGAGCUAAACGGAGGAGGAUCAAGUUCGAACUCUAAAGGGUCCGCCGCACUCAACUUGAACGGCAAGACGAGAGCUGGGAGAGGGGCAGCAACAGACCCCCAAAGCCUCUACGCAAGGAAAAGAAGAGAGAGAAUAAACGAACGGCUGAGAAUCUUGCAGAACUUAGUACCGAACGGAACGAAGGUAGAUAUUAGCACAAUGCUGGAAGAGGCAGUUCAGUAUGUGAAGUUCUUGCAGCUUCAGAUCAAGCUCUUAAGCUCUGAUGAUCUAUGGAUGUAUGCGCCAAUCGCUUACAAUGAAAUGGACAUUGGGCUUGAUCUUAAGAUCUGUACCCCACGAUGAUUUGGCAUGCAGAGAGGCGGUGGCACCGGAUCACCGUUGUUGUUAAAUAGGCUUCCUU